CCGUGCAAGAGGGAAGAAGAACAACAUGUCUUCCAUGUCUCUUACUAGGAACUGAGUUCCUCUGCCUGAGUUAAAAACCUGGGCUUCUCAGCAAGUUGCCUUGGAACUGCCAUGUCAGGCUGAAGUCUGCAGAGACCUGCAACAGAAAUCUUAAAUUCCGCCAUGACCGCCCUGACCCCAGUGCCCAUGACGCGUUCAAGGCUGACGGCCUUAGCCAGACAGAAGCUGCUUUGCUCCCCUAGGUCGGUGCCCAGGUCUCAGUUGAUCAAAGAAAAAGAUGACAUAGAUCAUUACGUGGAGGUGAAUUUCAAAGGAUUGUCAAAAGAAGAGGUUGCUGCGUACCGGAACUCAUACAAGAAGAACAUCUGUGUGGACAUGCUCCGAGAUGGUUAUCACAAGUCCUUCACGGAGCUCUUCGCACUGAUGGCGAAGUGGGAUGACCUGAGGGAGGCGGCCAAAGUUAGGUCCGUCUUCUGGCUGCAGAGACCCCUGGAGGAGCAGCCAGAUAAACUGGACCACCUAUACCACCACCUGACCAGGGCCGAGACUGCAGAGAGGAAUGAAUACUUCCACGAUGUCUACACGAACUUGUAUGCUCUGGCCUGUUACUUCAAUAACUCCGAAGACAAGUGGGUAAGGAACCACUUCUAUGAACGGUGCUUUAAGGUGGCGAAACUCAUCAAAAUUGACGGUGGCCGCAGAGAAGCUGAGGCGCAUGCGCACAUGGGGCUGCUUCACGAGGAGGAAGGUCAGCUUCUGGAAGCCGCUGAGCAUUAUGAAGCCUUUCAUCAAUUGACGCAAGGGCGGAUAUGGAAAGAUGAGACAGGUCUCUUUCUCAACUUGUUGGCCUGUGAGAGUCUCCUGAGGACGUACAGAUUACUCUCAGACAAAAUGCUGAAAAAUAAAGAAUACAAACAGGCCAUCAAAAUUCUAAUAAAAGCUUCGGAAAUAGCCAAAGAAGGAAAUGACAAAAAGAUGGAAGGACAAGCUACCUAUUACUUGGGCUUAGCAUACUUGGCCUCUGGAGAGUAUGAGACAGCGUUAACAGUCCUGAACACGUACAGUGAAAUCUCUGCAGACCUGGAGGAUGACCUCAGCCUGGGGAGAGCGUACGAAGCCAUGGCCAGGGCCCUGCAGAGCAAAGGAGAGAUGACAGAAGCAAUUGAGUACUUGAAAAAAGUCGUGAAGAUUGCUAGAAACAAUUUUCAGUGCCUACAUGUGGUGAGAGCAAGCACCAUGCUUGGGGACAUCUACAACAAGAAGGGAUACUACAACAAAGCUUCUCAGUACUUUCAGCAAGCCUUUGACACUUCCGUAGAGCUGACAAACAUGUCUCUGAUGGAAGAAACCAAAGUUCACUAUGGAAUAGCAAAAGCUCACCAGAUGAUGCUGACAGUCUGCAACUGUAUCGAGUCUGCGGAUCUCACCAGCCUUGACUGCCUGCUGUCGUGGAAGGAGAGUAGAAGUGACAUCGGUACCGAUCCAGUGAUGGGAGAUUUUAGAAGAUCCACACUUGGACACUUACCUCCAGACCCAGAACAUGUGGAAGAAGAGCUCAGAGGGUUUCCAGAUGAUAGAAAAAAUAAGACUUAAGUCAGCUUUUGACUCAGCAACAAAACAAGAAGAAAUUUAUCAUGUCACCUUAGUCACCGAUACAUGUAACAGGAAUAUAUCACAUGUAAUAUGAAGUUCUAAU